CUUGGGUUAUCCACCCGCCUCAGCCUCCCAAGGUGCUGGGAUUAAUUACAGGCAUGAGUCACCAUGCCCGGCCCAAAUUAUCUUUAAUAAAGAAUUAGAGAGACACGAGACACCGGGCCUACUGCGGUAGCAUGAGGGAGGCCGUGCAUUAUGUUCCAAGGCGUCUGUGAACCCAUAGAGUAGACACCAUGAGCAAACCUCACCCUCCCGAGUUGAAAAAGUUUAUGGACAAGAAGUUGUCCUUGAAAUUAAAUGGUGGCAGACAUGUCCAAGGAAUGUUGUGGGCAUUUGAUCCCUUUAUGAAUCUUGUGGUAGAUGAAUGCAUAGAGAUGGCGACUGGUGGGCAACAGAACAAUAUUGGAAUGGUGGUAAUAUGAGGAAAUAGUAUCAUCAUGUUAGAAGCCUUGGAACGAGUAUAAAUAAUGGCUGUUCUGCAGAGAAAUCCAUGUCGUCUCGUCUCUUCAUAGGGUCUAUUUUACUAUGAUAUAAAAAUUAGGUCGUGUACAUUUUCAUAUUAUACAUUUUGUUAAAUUAACUUUUGUAAUAGUGAAAAAAAAUUAGAUAUACUAAAAAAUACCAAAUAUUUAAUAUUUUUAAUACCGGUUUUCUAAUCCCUUUAAAAUACAUAGUGAGUUUUAAGAGAAUGGGUUCCAGGGUUCUAGACUUUGAGUUCUCAACCUUAUGUUCUUAAAUUGGCAAAAGUACCCCCCAAAUAAAGCAAGAUAAAACUUUGACCGAACACAAUGGCUCUUGCCUAUAGUCCCACCACUUUGGGAGGCCAAGGCAGGAGGAUCACUUGAGCCAAGGAGUUAGAGAUCAGCCUGGGCAACA